CGCAGAGCUACGUCCAGGCGGAUCUGGGGCGUCCCGGGCUCCUGCAACCUAAACACCCGGUGUGAAAGGAAGGAGGCAGCGGCGGGGCUGGGCGCUGCGCAUGCGCGGGCAGCUCCCCCACGAAGGGUUGAGAGAGUCGGACCGGCGCGGCCAGGCGGGCGCGGAGCGGGGUCAGGAUGGACGAGGACGUGCUGACUACGCUGAAGAUCCUCAUCAUCGGCGAGAGUGGCGUGGGCAAGUCCAGCCUGCUCUUGAGGUUCACAGAUGAUACUUUUGAUCCAGAACUUGCAGCAACAAUAGGUGUCGACUUUAAGGUGAAAACAAUUUCAGUGGAUGGAAAUAAGGCUAAACUUGCAAUAUGGGAUACUGCUGGUCAAGAAAGGUUCAGAACAUUAACUCCCAGCUAUUAUAGAGGUGCACAGGGUGUUAUAUUAGUUUAUGAUGUCACAAGAAGAGACACCUUUGUUAAGCUGGAUAAUUGGUUAAAUGAAUUGGAAACAUACUGUACAAGAAAUGACAUAGUAAACAUGCUAGUUGGAAAUAAAAUUGAUAAGGAAAAUCGUGAAGUUGACAGAAAUGAAGGCCUGAAAUUUGCACGAAAGCAUUCCAUGUUAUUUAUAGAGGCAAGUGCAAAAACCUGUGAUGGUGUACAGUGUGCUUUUGAGGAGCUUGUUGAAAAGAUCAUUCAGACACCUGGACUGUGGGAAAGUGAGAACCAGAAUAAAGGAGUGAAACUGACACACAGGGAAGAAGGUCAAGGAGGAGGAGCCUGUGGUGGUUAUUGUUCUGUGUUAUAAACUCUGGGAAACUCCAUCUCUUGCAUAUUUGAUCAGAUAGUGUCAUCUUUCUGUAUAUAAACUCUAACUGCUGUUUUAGGGACCUUGCAGUUUGCACAUAUUUGUUUUGUAUCAUGGCAGUGAAUAAUUGCGAGAAAUCCCACUCAUUGACUUUUCCAGGUAAAGCGUUAUGGUAAGCAUGCACAGUUUGCAGUCUGCAGUUUUUUAUGUAACAUAAAAUAGGUGUACCUUUAUAAGUACAUUUGAUUUUAUGAUUUACAUUCAUCAUGUGAUUUUAAAAAAAUCCACCUCUAGUAUAUGUUGGUAAAAGGUCUACUUUUGGUCUCCUUUUCGCUUAAAUACUCCUAUCAAUUAUUGAAUUAAUUGGUAUGUAGAACUCCUAGAACUACUGGGAGAUAGACAGGUAUCAUCAAACCUGGCAAAUUUCCCUUCAGAAAUAACAGUGAGCAUGAUUCCACAGCUUUUCUAGGACAUUUGCUGACGGAUUCUCUUUUAGUACUAAGCAAAAUUCUCUUUAUAGGAUAUAGUCCAGGCCAAUUUAUAAUUAUAAACCUUUGUUCUGAUGAUGCUUCCAGAAUAGCAUUGAUGUGUUGAAGUUUGGUCUUACUUUUAAUUUACUUCAAUGAGUAGCUCAGUUGCCUAACUGGAGUUUUAAUUCUGUGAUAUGUAUAUGGGAUUCAUGACCCUUUGUGCAGCAUUUUUGGUUAUGUGGUAUUUGGCAGAAUGGCAGUAGGGUUUUCCCCAUUUUGGUUUCGGAAGGACAGGAAUAGUGUGUUUAUGUAAUUCAUGUAGUACUUACCACUCUUAAAACCAACACCUUUUCCCAUAAAUGUUGGUGAUGUUUGUCCAGGUACCUCAGUUGUAGUUUGUGUAAUGUUAAUGAAUUCCUGUAUCUUAUGACUUCCAUAAAUGGCUAGUUGGUAUUCAAAAAACCUACUUCUGUGUUUUGCGGGUUGGGGGAAAAAAAACACUAAAUUAUAAUUUGAGAAAGGCUUAUUGCUUCCAGAUUUUGAUGUGUGUGGGAAAAUACUGUUGCAAUGAAAAUCUUGGUAAUUUACUGUAACAAGUAGGCAAUAGUUUAUCAGAACCAACUUGUACAGACUAAUAAAUCUUUUCCACAGUAUUCAGUUUUCUAACCUCUUGCUAUUGUACAUUGUAUAUUUUUUCACUCAUAUAUUAUUUAAUUGAUGUUGCUUUCUGCUAUUUUAAGCCUCCAAAGAAGUAAAUUUGUGCUUUCAGGCAGGUCAUUCUAACAUCCCUUGGUAAGAUUAAUAAGAAAUACUAAUUUCUGGGCAGUUUGUUCUCUGUAUACAAUUGCAGAUGAUAAGCAUUUUUAUGGAUCACCUUUGCAGUACAUGUGUUAAUGGAUUGGAAUGUACAUCUUCACAUAGGAAAACAGUACAUUCUACGUGCCUCACACUUGUUAGACUACAUUACAUAUGACUAAAGGUUUUAUAUGGUAUGUAUGUUUUUAUUAAAUAUGAAACGUAUACUACUUUAAUAUUGGAGAAAGAUAGCUAACACAUGUACUUAAGAUUUGUUGUUACAUUAAAAAUGUAGAUUUGUGUAUUUAUGUAGUUUCUGUAUUAAGACAUUUCUGUUCAUUACCUUUUGCUCCUUGAGCUAUAUAAUAAUUAUCUCUCUGUGCAUUGGGUUGUCUUGAUUUGGUCCGAAUUUGGAUAUAUAUACGUCACUUAACUUUUAAAAACUCAUUUUGUUUGAUAAAUUUAUAUUGUAACCUUUUAUAGUUUUUGAAUAAAUAUAGCCUGCUUUCCCCAGAUGCCUUUGUGCAAGAAAUAUGACAUCUUUCCUACUCCUCUCAUCAGCUGAGGGAGUCCUGAAUAUAAUGUUAUUCAGAUUGUUACUAUUUUGUUGCAAGCUUUUUGUUUCAUAAUGUAGGUUUUCUAAGUGAAGUAGUUGCAAUUACUACUAAAAUUAGCCACUUAAAAAUAACAGUUUUGUUAGUUCUUCAUUCUUGACUAAUUUGAAGUCAUUUUAAAGCGCCUUUUCCAUAUGGUGCAAAUGAGAACAAUGGUAGAAUAUAGUGUUUUGAGUUGUAGGAGUACUGACUUAGACCUAAACAAAUAACUAUUCAGUUUAUAUUAAGAGUCAUAGUUAGCAUUUAUUGAAUGCUUCCUUGGUGUCAGGUGCUGUUCACUGGAUUAUGUCAUUCAACUUCACAAUAACCUUAAGUGAUUUGUUGGUACUGCUACUAUGCCCGUUUUAAAGAUGAGGCUAAUGAAACAUCCCAAAGAUUACAAAGCCUAUCAGUGAUAGAGCUGGAUUCCAGUCAGGGCAUCUUCACUCGAGUCUAUGCUCUUAACCAGUGCUCCCUAUGCUACGGCUAUUUACUAGCUUUUUGUUUUCUUACAUAGCAGGUUUGUCAUUCUUUUGUUAUGUGUAAUAGAAAUAUUUCAGGUUUUUUGGUUAUAGAGUAGAUCCCAUGGAUGUAAACCAACUGUGUAAGUCAUUUAUUUGAUCUAAAAGUUUUGGUAGUGGAGCAGGUGGUCUCUUAGUUCUUUUACCUUCUCACUCACAGUGGAAUGAAAAUCCUUGACUUGGAAAAGGUAUGAAGUCAGGGCACUUAGGGCACCAUAAUUUCCUCUCUUUUUGGCUGUGCCCGUGGCAUGUGGAAGUUGCUGGGUCAUGGAUUGAACCCACAGCAGUAACCUGAGCCACAGCAGUGACAAUGCCAGUCCUUAAUCCACUGUGCCACAAGAGAACUCCAGGGCACCUUAAUUUCCUGUUUGUAAUUGGAUAUGAGAAACAUUAUUAAAUCUGGGAACAGCCUUUUGCUCAAAUUCAAAUCCAGGGGAUAUUUUCAUUUUGAGCACUGAAUUGCCACCUACAAAUUUGCACUUGGUGUUGGCUUUCUGAUUGAAUGCAAUGGAAUUGGACUUGAUUUAGAUUCACUGUAAUUUUCAUACACAAGAAAUACAUGGGAUUACAUGGUUCUGUUCUAAGUGUGGGGGUGGCACAGACCUACUGCAUAUGUACAGUAUCUUUAAAUACAAUUUAUUGUAUAUUUUUUCCAAUUGGUUUUCAAGUAAAUUGGGUUAUCUUCUAAGGCACUGUCAAUCGUAGGUCUUUUCAGCAUCUAUCUAUCUAUCUAUCUAUCUAUCUAUCUAUCUAUCUAUCUAUCUAUCUUGGGGUCCAUUUCACCAGCCGUACUUAGGAAGUUUUUGUUUCCUUCAUUUAUUUUCCCUUGUUAGAUAGGAGUAAAAGCAUUUACUUGGUGUUAGAAGAUACUACACUAGUUCUGACCCCAGCUAUGCUGAAGGUAAUCAACUGUAGACUUCAUCCUGAUUUUUGUUUAGAAAUGUUGAGAGAAGAGAAUAGAAAAAAGUGGACUAAAUGAAAACUUGGAGCUAAGGAAUAUAGAUUUACCCAGGAAUCUCCGUUUUUAUUUCUAUUUAUUUAUUUUUUAAGGGAACAUCUCUCAGGUCAGAGGGGAAAAAAUGUACUCAACUUCUGUUAUAUUAUGGGGGGGGCUUAAAAUUUUACUAUUUGUUGCUAGCUUUUUGUUUCCUAUUUAGGAAUCAGUAGCCUUUCUGAUUGUGGUAUAAAGUUUGCUUCAGUGCCUCUUAGUUAUCAACUGUUUUGUUUUGUCACAGACAUUUCCAGUGGUGGUGUGAGUACCUAUUCACAGGAGCUGACCCCUCACCAUCUCUCACACACAGGAGCAAUGUUUCUUUUUCUUUUUUUUUAUUAACUUGAUAAACCACAAAUUAUGUAAUUUUAUUUGUAUUUCUCUGAUUACUAGCAGGGUUGAGCACUUUUAAUAUUUCAUUGGAUAUUUGUAUUAUUUUCUUUUAUGCCUUAUUCGUGUAUGCUGUGGUUGCCCACCCAGCAUCCACUUCCUUCUCUCACGGUACAGCCUACCUUCUCUUUGGAUAACUGCCCCCCAUCAGCACCCACGCAGCUUGAAUGGGACUGUCGCACCAUCAGCUCUAGAGCUGGCCUGGUUAUCUAACCAGGGCCACUCCCUGCCCCCGCUGCCCCCCCCCCACCACCACCACGGCCCCACGUACUGCCCCCAGGGAUAGGGAACUGACCCAGAUCAGGCCACUUCGUUAAAAGAUGUUGACUGGGGCUUCCUCAGGAACUGCGGAUGAUAGCGUGGUAUGAAGAUUCACAUUCUAAACAUGCUGCAGCCAUUUUUCUAAUUCAAAGGAGUCAGGCCGAGGACACUACCAAGAAAGGGAAAGGGCGUCUGAGUUGGAGUCUUGAUGCAAUCUGGAGCCUCUGGAUCAACCUGGACCUGAAGUUAGUGCUACUGCUGGACUCUUCACCUAUGUGAGCCAAUAAAUUCCUUUUUUGUUUAAA